UAGGAGUAAAAACUCACUGUCUAUGUCUGUUCCUGUUUUAUAGUACAGCUGCGCUCCGUCGGUGUCUGUCUGUCUCUCUCUGUCCUCCCUCCUCUCUCUCUCUCUCUCUCUCGCUUCAUCCCCCUCUCCUUCCCCUCGCUCUGCAUGUUCACCCACACUCCCUCGGCCAGACGCCUCACUUCGGCCCCUCCACCGUCCGGGCCAGUAGCAUGGACAGCCGGAUACUCGAGCACCCCCACGCCCAGUUCGGAGGCUCUCUGGGCGGAAUGGUCGGUGUUGGUUUCCCCUACCACCUGGGACACCACCACGUCUACGAGCUCGCCGGUCACCAGCUACAGUCCGCGGCCGCCGUACCCUUCUCUAUAGACGGAUUACUGAACGGCUCGUGCUCGGCCUCGGUUGUACACGGCUCCGGUCCUCUACUUUCCUCGGGCUGCGGGAUUAACGGAGAUAAUCAGUACAAACUCUCAGAUUCGGGGGACCCAGAUAAGGAUAGCCCCGGUUGCAAACGGAGACGCACGCGGACCAAUUUCACCGGUUGGCAGUUGGAGGAGCUGGAGAAAGCUUUUAACGAGAGCCACUACCCGGAUAUCUUCAUGCGGGAGGCGCUCGCGCUGCGGCUGGACCUAGUAGAGUCCCGGGUCCAGGUUUGGUUCCAGAACCGGCGCGCUAAAUGGAGGAAAAAAGAGAACACUAAGAAAGGCCCGGGGCGCCCGGCGCACAACUCCCACCCGACCACGUGCAGCGGAGAGCCCAUGGACGCCGAGGAGAUCGCGCGGCGCGAGCUGGAGCGCGCAGAGAAAAAGAAACGGAAACAGGAGCGCAAACUGCUGAAGUCUCAGAACAAGUUGCUCUCCGGCGACCUCUUCCACACACCCGGCGGGUCGGACAGCGACAGCGGCGUGUCACAGAUCACCGACAAUGAGCAGCAGCCUUCAUCCGACUGUAACGGGAGCCGCCUUCAUUCUGAACCGGGAGGAGGACAACACCACCACCACCACCAAACGGAACCAGACAGCUGUGAACAAACUCAAACACGCCCCCGGUUUGGUCUCCUCCAGAACCAGCACCACGACCACCACCACCACAACAACCAAAGAGCCGCAGGGGAGCUAGGACCGGGACCUGGGGUCCAGCAGCAGGUGUCCCCGGGCAGCACGCACAGUCCUGGACUCGGCGCCUCCAGGUCCUCGGGCCUCCAGAAACUAAACCCGUUCAGCGUGGAGAGCCUUCUCUCUGACGCCACACCUCGCCGGAAACCACAGCUGGACUUCAGCUCGCUGUCCAAUCAGAGGCCGCUGAUAGGGAAGGGUCACUUCCUGUUGUACCCCAUUACCCAUCAGCCACUGGGCUUCAUUGUCCCACAGACGGCGCUGAAAACCGGGCUGUGCCAGGACAACAGCAGCAGCAGCAGCGGGCCGAACCCGGGACAGACACAGAGAUGUGUGACUAGUGAAUCUACAGGUUAUACCAGCUCUCAUCAUCUGGCUCAUUUGGGCCUAAACAAACCCCUUCACCACCACCACAAUCAUGUUAGUAACUGUGUGGACAGGAGCGGGAGUGAGGCACAGCAGGGAAGUUACAACAACGACGGUUCAGACUCCGUUUCCCCCCCACCACAGAGCUCUGUUUCAGUUCAAACGACUUUAACGAGAACCAGUUCAACUCAGUCCAGCACGGGUAGUGACGGUAGCCGCGAGGCUGACGACCGACCGGGUUCGUCACGAGUAACGGACGUUAACGACUGCCAGCGUGAGCCCACUGGCGAGGGCACGAGAGAGGACUCGUCUCCGGAGCCCUGGCGGUGUUCUGGCGCCAGGCCAGAGAGUCAGGCGGAGCACGAGGAGCCCGGGACAGAUGGAGACGAAGUCGACAUGGACUAACGCUGGGUGCAUUAUAUAAACAGAGACAGACGACCGACCUGCUCAGCCACAGACUACAUCUAAACCCAAAGCUACAAGACACCUUUUCAAAACAUAUCAGACAGACCUACUCUAUUGUUGUAUUUUUUUUGUUGAACAGAUUCUCUGAUAGAUUCAGACGGCAAUGUAUUGCCUACUACUUUUCAAACGGAAGUUAUAGACAUGUCCAUUUCAAACGGAGAACAAGACAAAACAUCUCAACACAGAAAAGCAACAAAAAUCCUCAAACAAUUGUACAUUUCUUUUGAGAAAGUAUAAAAAAAAAUAAAAAAUAUUUAUAUAUGUAAACAUUUUGAUAAAUAAAGUUAUUGUUUAAAUGAAA